UUUACAGCUAAACUGGCUGCACUAGUUCAGAGUUUAUCUUUUUCUCUCCAUAUUAGAAAGAAAAAGAUAAACUCUGAACUAGUGCAGCCAGUUCAUUUGUAAAGAACAGACCCUAUGUCAGCUGUUGUCAGCAGUUGUUCCCGCCUUUCUUUAGUCUAUAUGAUUGAAAAGAUUUGCAGUUUCUUAUUUUUUCCCGUAAAUAUUAUAAAUAUCACGUUUUACAAAAAGAAACAUGAGUAAAAUAAGUCGAAAGCCAUUUUCAGCGCCUAAAGGUGGAGUCAAAAAGGCCAAAUUUAGAGAUGAUGAUGAAGAGAAACCUAGUUCAUUCGAAGCAGAAUUAGCCUCUAUGGGUUAUGGAGAUGAUGAUUUUCUUCUUGACGAAAGAGAAGAAUUUGGAGAAGGACCUGAACAAGAAAAAACAUCUGCAAAGUGGAACAGAGCUUCUCCUCCAUCUUUGAAUCCACAAACUGAUACAUUAACAUUCCAACAAAUAGAAAUUGAUCAUUAUAUAGGUAAACCAUUAUCUGGAAUGCCAGGGAGUAAAGUGGGACCUGUACCUAUAAUGAGAAUGUUUGGUGUUAAUGAACAUGGAAAUUCCAUUUGCUGUCAUGUCCAUGGCUUUUGUCCUUAUUUAUUUGUAUCAGCACCACCAAAUUUCACAAACAAUCACUGCAAACCAUUUAAGGAGGCUCUGAAUCAUGCUGUGAAAAAAGAUAUGAAAUCAAACCCGGAUAACAUACAAGAAGCCAUUUUAGCAGUUGAACUAGUCUAUAAACAAUCAAUGUAUGGAUAUGGAGGAGAGGAUAAAUUACCGUUUUUAAAAAUAACAGUAGCAGUUCCAAAAUUGAUAGCACCUUGCAAAAGAUUACUAGAACAAAAUACAGUUUACACUGCGUUUAAUUAUCACUAUAGAGCUUUUGAAAGUAAUGUUGAUUUUGAUGUUAGGUUCAUGGUUGAUACAUCAGUAGUUGGCUGCUCUUGGAUUGAAUUACCACCAAAAAGCUGGAAAUUACGUGGCCAAUAUGGACAUAUGUUAGAGCUAACUACACGAUGUCAGUUAGAAGUAGAUGUUGCGUGGGAUACUUUUAUAGCUCAUGCACCAGAAGGUGAAUGGUCAAAACUAGCUCCAUUUCGAAUUCUCAGUUUUGAUAUCGAAUGCGCUGGACGUGAAGGUAUUUUCCCAGAGGCAAAACACGAUCCAGUGAUACAAAUUGCCAAUAUGGUUAUAAGGCAGGGCGAAUCUGAACCAUUCUUAAAGAAUAUUUUUACUCUUCAUAGUUGUGCGCCUAUUGUCGGUUGUCAAGUAUUGAGCUUUGACAAAGAAAGUUUAAUGUUGGAGGAAUGGGCUGACUUUGUACGACAAGUAGAUCCCGACAUUUUCACAGGGUAUAACAUAAACAAUUUUGAUUUUCCGUACUUAAUUAAUCGAGCGCAACAUCUCAAUGUUAAAAAUUUCAAUUUUCUUGGUCGAAUAAAAAAUAUAAAGUCUAUUAUCAAGGAUCAUGUACUGCAAAGCAAACAGCUGGGUCGUCGUGAAAAUAAAUCGAUUAAUUUUGAAGGAAGAGUUCCAUUCGAUUUAUUACUGGUAUUAGUUCGAGAUUAUAAACUGAGAUCUUACUCUCUAAAUGCUGUAUCCUAUCAUUUCCUUCAAGAACAAAAAGAAGAUGUUCAUCAUAAAGAUAUUACAAGUCUACAAAACGGAGAUGCACAGACACGUCGACGUCUUGCUGUAUAUUGUUUAAAAGACGCAUAUUUACCUCUUAGAUUACUGGACAAACUAAUGUGUAUAAUUAUUUAUAUGGAAAUGGCAAGAGUUACAGGAGUAUCCAUUUCUAGCUUAUUGACUCGUGGGCAACAAAUCAAAGUUGUUUCACAACUUUUACGCAAGACUCGAGAGAAGGAUUAUUUGAUGCCAGUACAUCAAGGUCAUGCUACUGAUGAGCAAUUUGAAGGAGCUACUGUCAUUGAACCUAAACGUGGUUACUAUAACGAUCCAAUAGCUACUUUAGAUUUCAGUUCUUUGUAUCCUAGCAUUAUCAUGGCACAUAAUUUAUGUUAUACAACACUAUUAACUGUGACUAAAAAGAGAGAGCUCAAUAUCCAGGAGGAUCAAAUCACCACAACUCCUAGUAAUUCGUUGUUCAUCAAGAGCACUGUAAGAAAAGGAAUUCUUCCUGAAAUUUUAGAAAAUUUAUUAGCAGCUAGAAAAAGAGCAAAGACAGAAUUAAAACAAGAAACUGACCCAUUAAAGCAAAAAGUACUUGAUGGUAGACAGUUUGCUUUAAAAGUAUCAGCAAAUUCAGUGUAUGGUUUCACAGGUGCACAAAUGGGAAAAUUGCCAUGCUUAGAAAUAUCUGCAAGUGUUACCGCUUACGGACGAACUAUGAUAGAACAAACAAAGCAAGAAGUAGAGGAGCACUUUCGAAUAGAAAAUGGAUACGAUAACGAUGCAAUAGUUAUAUACGGCGACACUGAUUCUGUUAUGGUAAAGUUUGGCAUAAAAUCUAUAGAGGAUGCAAUGAAGCUCGGUAAAGAAGCGGCCGAUUAUGUUACAUCUAAAUUUAUUAAACCUAUAAAACUGGAAUUUGAGAAAGUAUACUUUCCAUAUCUUUUGAUUAAUAAAAAACGUUAUGCUGGUCUAUACUUUACGAAACCUGAUAAAUAUGAUAAAAUGGACUGCAAGGGUCUCGAAACGGUGCGCAGAGAUAAUUGUCCAUUAGUUGCAAACAUGAUGAAUACCUGUUUGCAAAUAUUGCUUAUCGAAAGAAAUCCACGUGCCGCCGUCGAUUAUGCUAAACAAGUCAUAAGCGAUCUCCUAUGUAAUCGUAUCGAUCUUUCUCAAUUAGUCAUUACGAAAGAACUGACAAAGACUGAUUACGCGGCAAAGCAAGCACACGUCGAAUUAGCUGCAAAAAUGAAAAAGCGAGAUGCCGGAAAUGCGCCAAAACUUGGUGAUAGAGUGGCAUAUGUAUUUACAAGCGCAGCUAAAGGCACUCCAGCAUACCAAAAGGCGGAAGAUCCUGUUUACGCUUUGCAGAAUAGCAUUCCGAUAGACACAACUUAUUAUCUAGAAAAUCAAUUGGCGAAACCUCUUAUACGUAUCUUUGAACCCAUUCUUGGUGAGAAAGCAGAGUCACUUCUCCUAAAAGGUGAUCACACGCGCACAAGAUGCAUUGCUACUUCGCAAGUUGGAGCUCUCGCGGCCUUCACACGUAAAAAGGAAACUUGUUUGGGCUGUAAGGCCGUUUUACCAUCAGACAGAGAAGACAAGGCAGUAUGCAAGCAUUGCGAAUCUCAAGAGGCCGAAUUGUUUCACAACGAAUUGCAAGCCCAACAAAAACUAGAAGAGAAAUUCUCCAGAUUGUGGACGGAAUGCCAAAGAUGUCAAGGAAGUCUUCACCAAGAAGUUAUAUGUUCUAAUCGUGACUGUCCAAUAUUUUACAUGAGGGUAAAAUCUCGAAUGGAAAUGGCUGCGAAAGCGAAACGAAUCCAAAGAUUUGGUAUCCCGGAAUGGUAGUAAAAGAAUAAUCGCAUGCAACUUAUAGUGCAUUUGACAACCAAUCCAUUGCUUGAUCGAGCCCUUCGCCCUUCGUCGCGGAAGUCUUAAAUAUUUGAAAGGUUCUAUUUUUAAGAGCAUCCAAUCCAAGUGCUUGAUGGACUUCUGCGACACUAAGGCAUCCUGCCA